CCGGGGAUGCCGCCGCCGCCGUAGGGGCCGCGGCCGCCGCGGCACGGGCCAUAGGGAGAGACCGGACCGGACCGGACAGGAUCAGACCGGAUCAAACCGGAUCGGACCGGAUCGAACCGGAUCAAACCGGACCGGGCCAUGUCGGGGCGCGACAGCGUCCAGAUCCCCGACGACCGGGACUUCGUCGCGUUCCGGGCGCUGUGCGAGUCCGAGCGCGGCUGGAGCCUCACGUACAGCAAGGGGGGGGUGUCGGUGUGGGUGCAGCUCCGGGAGCCCGAGCGAGACCUGCACAAGAUCAAGUGCAGGAUGGAGUGCCGGGACGUGCCGGCAGAGACGCUCUAUGAUGUGCUGCACGACAUCGAGUACCGCAAGAAGUGGGACACCAACGUCAUCGAGACCUUUGACAUCGGGAAGCUCACUGUCAACUCCGACGUGGGCUACUACGCCUGGAAGUGCCCCAAGCCCCUCAAGAACAGGGAUGUCAUCACCCUGCGCUCCUGGCUGCCCAUGGGCAACGACUACAUCAUCAUGAACUACUCCGUCAAGCACCCUAAGUACCCCCCGCGGAAGGACAUGGUCCGAGCUGUCUCCAUCCAAACGGGAUACUUGAUUGAGGGCACGGGGGCCAAGAGCUGCACCAUCACAAACCUGGCACAGGUGGACCCCAAAGGUUCCCUUCCUAAGUGGGUGGUGAACAAAUCCUCACAGUUCCUGGCUCCCAAGGCCAUGCGCAGGAUGUACAAGGCCUGCCUCAAGUACCCCGAGUGGAAGCAGCGGCACGAGCCGCACCUGAAGCCCUGGCUGUUCCCGGAGCAGAGCCGGCUGCCGGCGCUGGCGCUGUCCGAGCUGUCCCUGCAGCACGCGGACUCCCUGGAGAACAUCGACGAGAGCUCCCUGCCCGAGAGCCGCGAGGAGCGAGGCGAGGCCAGCGACGAGGACAGCCUCAACUGAGCCCCCCCCUAUGGGGCUGUCUGUGCCCCAUCACCCCAUGGGGGCUCUGUGGUCCAUGUGUCCCCAUCACCCCAUGGGGGUCUGCGGUCCAUGUGUCCCCAUCACCUUAUGGGAUUCUAUGGUCUGUGUGCCCCAUCACCCCAUGGGGCUCUAUGGUCCAUGUGUCCCCCUAUCCCAUGGGGCUCUAUGGUCCAUGUGUCCCCAUCACCCCAUGGAGGUUCUAUGGUCC